AUGGCCACAAGGGCACACCCUGACUACGAACUCAUCUUAAUAUCUAAUAGAGACGAAUUCUUGGCAAGAAAAACACAUGCCACAUGUUGGCACAAUGAUGAUUUUAUCCUUUCACCCUAUGACCUGGCCAGAACAUCAAAGGAAGGGCAAGAAUUUGGCACUUGGUCUGGCAUAAAUAAAGAAGGAAAAUUAGCCACUAUUCUUAAUCUAAAGCUUGGUAGUGAGCGAAGUACUAUAAAAUCAAAAUCCCGCGGUCUGCUGCCUUAUAUCUUUCUAUCGAACCAUGAAGCAAAUUUUAAAGAUUGGGAUAGUUACAGCAAGUUUGGGAAUCACUACGAUGGGCUAAAAGCUACAGGCGAUUUUAAUUUUUUCUAUGGUGAUGUUAUAGAAAAACAAUAUAAAGUUAUUGAUUCUUUAGGAAGAACUUUCGAUGUAUUGAGUUCUACCUGUAGGAAAGAUCUUGAUUCUUACAUGGUUAUUUCUAACGGUAGAUUUUAUAACACCUCCAGUAUACCAGAGAAAGCUUGGGAGAAGGUAAAGUUAGCACGUGACAGUUUAGAGGACUUAGUCUCAGAUAACAUUGGUUUAGAUGAGGAGACCAUAAUAUCAAGCUGCUUUCAACUGGCCUCGAAGUCCUCUCUUCCAGGUACUGUUUCAAAACCAGAUGUCUUGCAAAUGCUUGUGGACCCUAAUGUGACCAUGAGCACAAUAUAUGUGCCACCUUUGCGAAGGCCCCCGGGCGAUGAUUUAGGUGCCUCAAUUCCAGAUGGUGACUUUUAUGGAACACGCUCUCAAAUAGUUUUACUCAUAAGUAAGGAUUCGACAAAGGCUACCUUUAUAGAGAGAAUUAUUUAUAGUUCAGAUGAAGACGUGCGGCAGUAUUCAGUAAGCGCUCCUAAGGAGGAGAAGAGAUUUGAAUUUGAACUGUAA